AUUAUUUUUUUUGAACAAGAAUGUGGGGCAAAAUGGACAACUUGCAAAAAAGAAAAAGAAAAAAAGACAACUCAACCACAGCUCCCCUUAAGUCCAAGUCAAGACUCUUUAUAUAUUCCUUCCCUCUUUUCUAAAACACAAAAAACCCACCCAACACUUAAAAACACAUAUUCUCUUGUAUAUUCCGCCGGCAAUAUGAAAUUCCGAUCAUGGAUUUCACCUUUUUCCUCCGCUAACGCCGCCGCCGACCACCCUAUUCCGCCGCCAAAAGGGAUGUUUCCCGAUGAUGCAAGUAACUUCUCCGAUUUACCCAGUAGUACUGCUUCACCGUCAUUAGUUUCUCAAGAAACAAAUUCUCUCAGCAGUUUACAGAGCAAUCUCUCACUUUUAACUUUACCUUCUGUUCCUUCUCUGCAAAAUCUCUCCCCUGCAACUUUAAACCUCGCUAUCUCCGCUCGUUGCGUAAAUUCUCUAAAUCCCAGAAAUGCCCAUGUCACUUUCCUUGCUAUGCAUAACAAUCUGUUAUAUGCAGCUUCCUCAAAUGAAAUCAACGUUUUCGAACUCAUAAAUUUCACACUUAUCGAUACUUUCAAUAACAAAGACCCAUCUUCUGGUUCUGCAAAAUCUGUUAGUUUCCUCGACGGUAAAAUCUUCACUGCGCAUCAGGAUUGUAAAAUCCGGGUGUGGAAGUUGACACCCAAUAAGCAGCAUAAACUAAUAGCAACCCUCCCGACGCUUGAGGAUCGAUUACGCCGGUUUGUGUUUCCGAGUAGUUAUACAAAUGUGAGAAGACAUAAGAAAAAAAUGUGGAUCGAACAUCAUGAUGCUGUUUCUGGGUUAGCUGUGAAUGAGAAUUUGAUGUGCUCUGUUUCGUGGGAUCGGUGUUUGAAAAUCUGGGGAGGUUCGAAAUUACGGUGUAUUGAAUCGAUUAAAGCUCAUGAUGAUGCGAUUAACGCUGUUGUCGUAGGGAAGGACGGAACAAUUUUUACAGGUUCGGCUGAUAAACGGAUUCGGGUUUGGGGGAAACCGUAUGCGGAGAAGAAAGGUAAAAUUGGAUUAAUUGCGACGUUGGAGAAGCAUAAAUCGGCGGUGAAUGCAUUAGCGUUAAGCUCCGAUGAGUCUGUGUUAUUUUCUGGCGCCUGUGACCGGUCGAUUUUAGUGUGGGAAAGAGAAGACAGUGCGAAUUAUAUGGUGGUUACUGGUGCAUUGAGAGGUCAUACGAAGGCGAUACUGUGUCUGAUCAACGUUUCUGAUUUGUUGUUUAGUGGAUCGGCGGAUCGAACGGUGAGGAUUUGGACACGUGGGAAUCAGGGACAGUUCUGUUGUUUAACGGUACUUGAUGGACAUCGAACACCGGUGAGGUCAUUGGUGGCGACGCCGGCGGAAAGCGGUGGUGUUAAGUUGUUUAGUGGAAGCUUUGACGGAGAAAUUAAAGAGUGGCAAAUUGUGGUUUCUAGUUCAAGUGGAAGUUGAUAUUUAUUUUUUUUUUCUUCUCAAUUUAGAAUUUUAGAAAAUAGAUUUUAUGUACUAACAAGUUUUUUUUUUUAUAAUUGUUUGAAAUUUUAUUUGGAA